CUCUUCUUUCCUUCUCUGUUCACUUUCAAUUUCUUCCCUGUUCUCUCAGAUCACUUCGCCGCAGCCGAGAUCAAGAAAGAAACACUCCAGCUGGGCGGCCCUGAACCGGAAGGAGACCACCAAAUAGAAAGUUCCUGUGGGGAAGGAUUUGUGAAGCCCUUUCGCCACAAAGAAGACGCCGAUUUAGAAAACACUGAGGGGACAACGCUGCACAGGAGGCGGCUUUGGGAAAAGGGCCAGACCCUUAACCAGCAUCGAACCCACAUAAGUGAGCAAAAACAGUCAAGUCCCGAAUGCAGUGAACAGUUCCACUCUCGGCCGCCGUUGGUAAAGCGCCGGACGAUCCACUUUGAUGUCGAACCGACAGAGCGGCAGGAUGUCCCCAGCUGCGAGAAAAGCUUCUUUGCACAUCGAGCUAUCGACCUGGAGAGGGAGAGGCCAGGUGCAGCCGCCAUGGGCGGGAGACGCUUCCGCGAGUGGAUUCAGCCAAGCCAGCACCGCGUGAGGCAAGGCGGAGGAGACCAGGCUUACCAGUGCUCUUUAUGUCGGAAGGAAUUCCGGAGGAAACGAAACCUCGUGGCGCACCAGAAGAUCCACACGGGGGAAAGGCCCUACGCGUGUUCGCAGUGUGGGAAAAGCUUCAGCGAGAAAGCCAAGCUGAUUCGACACGAAAGGGUCCACACCGGGGAGAAGCCGUACGCCUGUCCUGCUUGCCCGAAAAGUUUCAGUCAGAGAGAGACAUUGUUGAAGCACCGAAGGCUCCAUGCAAGAGAGAAAUCUUAUCCGGGUUUAAUCAGUUGGGGAAGAUUUUGGACAGCGAGAGACGCAGUGGAAGGAUCACUGAAUUCACCCAGGGAGAAACUUCAGUAGUGUUUUGUGAAGCUUGGAAGCGAAUGCAGGGGGAGAGUGGAGUGUCCCCGGCUUACGACUACAAUCGAGCCACCCCCUCCCCCCCAAAAUUAUCCGUUGCUAAUUAAGACAGUUAAAUGAGUUUCACCCCGUUUUAUAACUUUUUUCUUCUUCUUUUUCUUCUUGCAGUCGUCUAAGGGUUAAGCUGCCCGGUUCUUUCGUUGCAAGAUGGGUGGCAAAUAAAUUUAAUCAAUAAAAAAAAAUCACAACUGCCGUGAUUCGCUUGU